GAAUAAACAGACAAAAAUGGCUCUGACAUCCCCUUCCUUUCUCGCCUCCAAAUCCCCUCUUCUCCCCCGCCGCCAUCUCCUCCCUCCAAGUCUUAAACCCAUCACCGCCGUCCAUUCGGCCGACCCGACUAAGUCAACCAAAUCAAUGGCGGCUGCCGCCUCCACCAGCUCCCCUUCGAUCCCCACGCAAUGGAGCCUCGAAAGCUGGAAGUCCAAGAAGGCCCUCCAGCUUCCCGAAUACCCAGACCAAAACGACCUAGUAUCCGUCCUCGAGACGCUCUCUACGUUCCCUCCGGUCGUCUUCGCCGGGGAGGCUAGGAGCCUGGAAGAGAAGCUGGGACAGGCUGCUCUCGGCAACGCUUUCUUGCUGCAAGGUGGUGACUGUGCCGAGAGCUUCAAGGAGUUCGAUGCUAACAACAUUCGUGACACUUUCAGGGUCCUCCUACAGAUGGGUGUAGUCCUCAUGUUUGGUGGCCAAAUGCCUAUUAUCAAGGUAGGAAGAAUGGCAGGUCAGUUUGCAAAGCCGAGAUCAGAUCCGUUUGAGGAGAAGGAUGGGGUGAAGCUCCCAAGUUAUAGAGGUGACAAUAUAAAUGGUGAUUCUUUCGAUGAGAAAGAAAGAGUUCCAGAUCCCCAUAGGAUGAUCAGGGCCUAUUGCCAAUCUGUGGCAACUUUGAACCUUUUGCGGGCAUUUGCUACUGGAGGGUAUGCAGCCAUUCAAAGAGUCACACAAUGGAAUCUAGACUUCACUGAGCACAGCGAGCAGGGGGACAGGUACUGUGAACUUGCUCACCGAGUUGAUGAGGCAAUGGGGUUCAUGGCUGCUGCUGGACUCUCAGUUGGUCACCCUGUCAUGACAACUACAGAUUUUUGGACAUCUCAUGAGUGCUUGCUCUUGCCUUAUGAGCAGGCACUCACUAGGGAGGAUUCUACUACUGGGCUUUACUACGACUGCUCAGCUCACAUGCUUUGGGUUGGAGAACGCACCCGCCAACUUGAUGGUGCUCAUGUUGAAUUUUUAAGGGGAGUUGCUAAUCCUCUUGGCAUAAAGGUUAGCGAUAAGAUGGAUCCUAGUGAAUUAGUUAGGCUCAUUGAAAUUCUAAAUCCUCGGAACAAGCCAGGCAGAAUAACAGUCAUUGUAAGGAUGGGAGCUGAGAAUAUGCGAGUGAAACUUCCCCAUUUGAUCAGAGCGGUCCGUGGAGCUGGGCAGGUUGUAACUUGGGUUAGCGACCCCAUGCAUGGGAACACCAUUAAAGCUCCUUGCGGACUGAAAACUCGUUCCUUUGAUGCCAUUAGGGCCGAAGUGAGAGCAUUCUUCGAUGUACAUGAUGAUGAAGGUAGUCAUCCCGGAGGAAUUCAUUUAGAGAUGACGGGGCAGAAUGUGACAGAAUGUCUUGGAGGCUCAAGAACUAUAACCUAUAACGACCUGGGUUCACGCUAUCACACCCAUUGUGAUCCAAGGCUCAAUGCUUCUCAAUCUCUGGAACUCGCCUUCAUUAUCGCGGAGCGCUUAAGGAGACGAAGGCUUGCAUCACGGAACCCUCUAGCCUCCUCCCGAUCAUCUAUUUAGAGGGUUUCCUUAUUAGUUUUCUUAGUCGAGCAAAUGUAGGCGUGCGGAUCACAAGUAGUGAUAGAAUGGUUAGGGUUAAGUAUAUAGGGUUCCUAAGAACUAGUUUGAAGGUCAGUUUUGGUGGAGAGACGGGUAAUGAUACGAGUAUGGGCUAUAUAUUGUCUGUUUGAAGAAAUUUUUGGACUAUAAUGAAACUUCUAAUAAGUGGAACAUAAAAGAGGAGCAUAUUAUGUGAGAAAUUUAUGUUGUGUUGUGUA